GGUAGUUAGUGAGACCGCCCUAGCGUGACUUCCGGUGUAAACAAAAGGCAAAUCGAGUGCAGACGGGAAGAUGAUGAUACAAGUUUGUCGAAUUCUCUGACUAGCUAGAAUGAUGUACUUAUCCUUCACAAUAGAAAAGUGUUUGCUUCCUUUCGUCUUCCUCAUUCAGAUAAUUUUAGCAGAGCCAGACUUUCCUGGCUUGAAUCACAUCAGAACAAAGACACCUGCUUCUACCCAGACAGAUGCAUCACAGGCGCUGAUUGGUAGAAUUGUUGGGAAAAGAGCCAAUGAAUUUACAGCAAAUGUUCAAUCAAAUAUUGGUCCUAAAAAUAGAGACACAUUUGUAAUCUCAUCAUCUGGUUCACUUGUCAACAUCAAUGGAACUACCGGAGUGGCAGUUGCCAUGGGACUCUACUACUAUUUGACCAAUCACUGUGGUUGUCAGUACACAUGGGCGGGGCAACAGAUGGACAUCCCAUCUCCCUUACCAGAAAUCCCCACCCCCGGGAUUAAAGUCACCACUAAUGAUAGGUUCCGAUACUACCAGAAUGUGUGUACAGUGGACUAUUCAUUUGUAUGGUACAACUGGACAGACUGGCAAAGACAGUUGGACUGGAUGGCCCUACACGGGAUCAACAUGCCUUUAGCUUUCACUGGACAGGAGGCCAUAUUUCAAAGGGUCUACAUGAAGAUGGGUUUCACUAUGAAGGAGGUUCAGGAUCACUUUGCAGGUCCAGCAUUUCUAGCUUGGUCAAGGAUGGGUAACAUGCAUGGUUGGGGUGGACCACUGCCUCAGUCCUGGAUUGACCAGCAGUUGGCCCUACAACAUAAGAUACUUGACCGGGUGAGGGAGCUUGGAAUGAUUCCUGUACUACCUGGCUUUGCUGGGCAUGUUCCCAGUGCCAUCACCAGAAUUUUCCCUAAUGCCAGUGUGUCCCAUUUACCAAAUUGGGGUCACUUCAAUUCUUCAUUCUGCUGUAAUUUACUGUUGGACUUCAAUGACCCUCUUUUCAAGAGGAUUGGACAUGAAGUAGUUAAAGAGAUGUUGAAUGAGUUUGGGACAGACCAUAUAUACAAUGUUGACACUUUCAAUGAGAUGCUGCCAAAGUCAAGUUCAUCAACCUAUCUUUCCAAGUCUGCGACAGCUGUAUUUGAAGCCUUGAUGUCAGCAGACCAACAGGCAGUGUGGUUGAUGCAGGGGUGGAUAUUUGAGAAUUCGGUGGAUUUCUGGAAAACUCCACAAAUAAAGGCUGUGUUAACUGCUGUUCCUAAAGGGAGAAUGAUUAUUUUAGAACUUUUUGCUGAGAACCGCCCUGUGUAUCGUCGUACAAAAUCAUACUUUGGACAACCUUUUAUAUGGUGCAUGCUGCACAACUUCGGAGGAACUCUUGAACUGUACGGCAUGUUUGACAGUAUUAACACCGGUCCAGCUGCUGGUCGGGAUUUUCCAAACAGCACCAUGAUCGGGAUCGGCAUGACUCCUGAGGGAAUCAACCAAAAUGAAGUGAUUUAUGAAUUCAUGGCUGAGAAUGCCUGGGUUUCCCAGCCUAGAGAUGUAUCUAAGUGGGUGGUGGAGUAUGCUACAAGGAGAUAUGGAAAACCUGACCAAUAUAGCUCAAAGGCUUGGCAGCUGUUACGGAAAAGUGUGUAUAAUAAUACAGAUGGAUUGAAAGAUAAAAGCAAGCAUGUGAUACCAACGUCUCGUCCCUCUUACCAUCCUCGUUUGGUACCUGAUGUUUGGUAUGACGUUGAGGAUCUUUAUCAAGCCUGGGAUAAUUUAGUGUUAGCCACAGAGCGACUCCAAAACAGUUCCCUGUUCAGGUAUGAUUUGGUGGACGUCACGAGGAACUGUCUCCAGGAGAUAUCUCUGUCCUUUUAUAACUCCCUUAUAUUGGCCUUCAAAGACGAAAAUGUCACUGAAGUCAGUCUGAUAGGAAAUAAGCUGCUGGACCUCCUGGCUGACAUGGAUACACUUCUUGGGUCAGAAGGUCAUUUCCUGUUGGGGAAAUGGAUUUGGGCAGCCAAAAAUUUAGCCGUUACACCAGAGGACAGGCAGCUUCAUGAGUUCAAUGCCAGGAACCAGAUCACACUAUGGGGACCGACAGGCAAUCAUUUAGACUAUGCCAGCAAACAGUGGGCUGGACUUGUACGUAGCUAUUACAGACCGAGGUGGAAAAUGUUUGUAGAUUCCUUAAAGUACAGUUUACAUAUGGGAACAGCAUUUAAUCAAAGUGAUUUUGAUAAUAAAGUUUUCAACACAAUAGAGCUUCCUUUUUCCACAAAUACACAUACCUUUCCAACACUUCCAUCAGGCGACACACUCUUGAUUGUACAUCAGAUAUACCAAAAAUAUCGUCCAGAAACAUACCACAGUGCUCCCCAUGAAAAAGGAUGACCGACAUUCGGAUCUGUGGAUGUUUUGUC